AUGGCGCAGGCUAUUGACGAGUUCCUGGAGGAAAUGAAGGUUCGCGACCGUAAGAAUCCAUUCUAUCAAGAGGUCCUGCUCUCGCGCUCUGUUUUAGCAUUAGAUAAAUCAUCAAAUGGCGUGCAAAUUUGUGCAGAUGAACUGGAGUUUGUGAAGACUCUCGAGACACAAAAGAGGUCAUCAAGGUCGAUUAAGACCCUUGGGUCUCUGAGACCUUUCAUAAAUGGGCUCUCGGGCUUAUUAGAGACAUGCCAAGGCUUGUUGAAUGCGACUCCAUUCUCCAUGGGUGUUGCAUUCGUGGGAGCGAAGCUUGUCUUAGCUGUGAGUCCACCCAUUCCCCUUCCCCUGUAA